AUGGCGGCUUCUGUGCUCGAUGGUGAAAAACUUUGUGAGGUGUCAGGUAAUGUUAGAUGGUCCAGUAUGGCACAAGCUCCAAUGAGCAUUCAAAGUGGAUCGUUAGCUGUUUAUAAGCUCAGUGAUAGCUUUUACAUUCAUGCAAGAACGACAGCAAAAAGAGGAAAGGUAAGACGAUGCAUCUCGGCUAUUUCUCAUCGUAUCUCUGUGUAGCCUUAACUUAAGCGUACCAACUCAUUUACGAGGAUUCUUAUGUCGUUGACGCGAACCAUUGGCGUACAGUAAAACCUUCUUAGUAAGAACACCAAAGGGAUGGAGCCAAAUUUUCGCUUUAAUAAGAUUUCCGUAUGAUAGAACUAAUAUUACUUUUUGAAGUUUGGCAUCUCUACUGGGACUAAUCAAAAGAGCUUUCCCCUAAUUAAGAGGAGAUUCGACUGUACUUGAUUUAGCAUUUUGUUAGAACAUUAUGUUCUUGAAGGCGUAAUUUCAUUCUUAACUUUAUGUUUGAAAACAUCGGACAAUCUGGACAAUGUAUCUCUAUGAAUGCAAGGCAUACGCAUUGCAUUCUAAUCAAAUUUGCCAACACAUGUACAGAAUACCGUAACUUAACCUUUCCUCAUUUAGUUUAUGCUCUUACAAGGAUAUAAGUAAAUUACAUUUUAGGCUUGUAAUAGAUUGAGAUAACGUAUCAUUAUACAUUUUGGGUCAUGUAGCAGCUGCUCGUAAGAGAAGUCACCAAUAGUGCCUAACCCUGACCCCAAACAAUUCUAAAAUAAUUGAGAGAAUGACCUGUCAUUGUUUACUGUGACCAAUUAGAAAAGACCUCACAAGCAGCUCCUGCAUUACUCUACAUUUCUGUGAAACUACCUACCUACCCCUUCCCAAAUGUAUAAUGUGGGAAACUACCCACCUACCCCUCCCCUUAGCCAACAUUAACACUUACUUUUCACUUAGGGCAAAAAUGUUGCCUUAGGGGAGGGGUAUGUGGGCAUUUUCUCAGAAACGUAUGAUGAUCCGAGGUAACAAGGAACAGGCAAAUGUAGACAGGAGGUCUGUAUUUGAUCUGUAUAAUACAUUUAUUCUUUAGGUAAUACAAAAGCCAAAUCCAAUGAUAUUCAAAACAUUCUUACAUGUACCUCAAUCAAUGUUCCUGUUUCUUGACAAAUUCAAGAUAUAAAGGGGUAUUUUGUCUAGUGGAUAUUCUUCAAAAUUAGGAUCAGUUGUCAUCUAUCAAGUUGUAUUCUUACUGCUGGUACAGCUGAGGGAAUGUAACCUUGUUCCCAGGGUUUCUGGUUGCUGUCCCCUUUUUGGUGAUCUUUAUUCUGUACUAUCGAUGCCAUCCAAAUUUGGUCAACAUCAGCUAGUUAAGAAGGAAUGUCAGUCAUUUCGCUAACAGUUCGUUUUGCCAACACUGAGGUUGAUUAUCCCACAUGAUCUUAAGAUCUGAGAUGGGUUUUGUGAUUUAUUUUGCUAUUUGCUCAGCCAAUUAACUUGCGUGAACAGAUCCAUGAUCAAGUUAGUAUUACACAAAUUGUUGCGUGAAUUGCUUUUAAGGUUUAAAUUAAACAUUUAGGUUUUUGAAUAAAAUAUUUCAAGAAACAACAUCUCCGUUUACUGAUUAUUUACAACCUGUUUACACUCCAAGUCUACUACUAAGAAGGUCACCGAGGUGGCAUUUUUUGAAGUGACAACUUUAAGAAGUCAUGUGGUUGUCCAAAGGAUAAUAUUUAAAAUUAGUUUAAACAUGCCAGAGUCAUCGGUAAUCUUUACUUCUAUUUAAUUUUUAUACAAAACUACUACUUGUAUAAACUUAGUGUUGCUGAAACAACUUUAACAUGUCCUCAUGAGAUAUAUUGAUCACUCCACCCUUCCCCUCGAGGAGGAAAAAAGAGGAUCUGUCUGAAUCACUUCCUAAGCCUCAGAAGUGGCUACAGCCUGAAUUUCUGGACUAGUCGAUCUUGUUUUCUUUUGUCAAACUGAUUUUUUAAGUGCAAGCAUCCGUCUAUUGAUAAAACCAUGUCAUAACUGAUCCCGCUUUACCAAUGCAAUUAGCAGGGGAUGCUCAACAAAGAUCUUACUCAAUUCAUGCAAUCUCUCUGAAAUACACCAAAAUUGAAGAAGCGAAAGAAAGACUCUGCUAGCAGGCUGUGAUCAAUCCAGCACAGCAAAUGAAACUAUUUGAAUGCUACAGUCAGGGGCACCCAACGAAGAUAUAGUUCAAAACCACUUAACAUAGCAUUGUUGAACGUAUUUUAGUAUUUAAACGGUAGAUAUAGGCAUAUUUUUAUCCCCUAAAAAUUUUUCAUCUGUUCGGAUUUCCCAGCUGAAAGUCUAGUGAUCCGAAAAUUAUAAGGAUCAAAACUUACCUUUUCGAAAAUUUCAGCCAGGAAAAGACUCCCAAAAAUUCUAGGUGGCCUUUUUUAGGGUAAAUAUCCGUUUAAAAUGGGUAAUUAUACCAUUUUGUAGAUGUUCGAAAAUCCUAGGAGAGGCAGGCAAGCAAGAAAUUUUACAACAAAUGUUCCGAAAAUUCUAGUUCUCAAUUCGUCUUCCGAACAGAUAUUUUCCCGAAAACUGCCGUUGGGUGCCCCUGUACAGUAUUUAAUAAUAUUUUUACAGUCCCUUUGGCACUUCAUUUCAUUAGUGUUACUAGGGAAUGACUGCUUAUAUAAACAAUCAAACAAGUGGUUUGUUUUUUUUUUGUCUUUCAUGUCAGUUCCUUUUGAAAGCCAACAAAUUUGGUGUGGUCACCCGUGAUUCCAAAUUAACUUUGUCAUUAGAUACAGACAGCAAAGCUUCAGUGUCUAUAAACAUGAAAGAUGCCAAUCCAAGUCAGCUGAGGGUGUUUCUAGAUUCUCUGAAUGGCAUUAUGGCCUAUCACUCUUCAUUGAAAGGUAAGAUACAUUAAAUUCAGUCCCCGUGUAAAGAUAAUGUAAAUAAUUGUGUGCAUUUUGAACUGCCAUAGUGAUGAUAUUGGCCACCUGUAAUGCGCCAAUCACCAUUUUAUCUGGUAACUUUAUAGCCAAUAACAUAACGGCUUAACUGAAAGAUAACCAAUAAAAUUUUGAAUGACUGGAGUUUAAUACCAUUAACUGAUAUUGUGCAACUCACUUUGACUCUGAAGAUGACCACCGCACAGGUUGUUGAAAUUUCAGCCACUUUCAAUUAUAACAGUCCCAUUCAGGACUACGCUCACCCGGACAAUCAUAUUCCACCUGUUUAUGAAUGAAUCCUGGGCAAAACCUUUCAAUAUAAUGACAACACUUGGCAGUCACUGACAGUGACUGUGGAUUGACUGUUCAAACUUGAAAUAUAAAAAAACAAAAAACAAAAAAAACAAGCAUUUAAAUAUUAAAUUUGUUUACCUCUGUGAUGAUAUCCACAGGCAAGUUAUCUUCGUCCUCAUCUAAAGAAAAUAAAGUACAUGAUAUUGAGGUGAGUGAUACAUGUAGAUUUCUUAACUAACGGAUUAUUGUGCUUGUCUUCGUGCAUGUGCAUGCAAGCCCAGAGCACAGUGUACAUAGCAUACAUGCCAUACUUUGUAAUCUUUUUUUUAGGCAGCACUCUAGUAUUUCCAAAACCAAAUGAAAAUUUAGAAUAAUUAUGUAUGGCAGUGCACUGUUCAUCUGAAAUCUGCUGCUGGAUAUCCCCCUUUUUCAUGUUUUUUCACAGACUGGUAACUGUUGGCAACAGUUACCAGCGCCGUACAAACGACCAGAGUAUAAUACCAUCAACUGACGUGAUACAACUCACUUUGACUCUGAAGAUGACUACCGCACAGGUUGUUGAAACGUCAGUCACUGUCAACAACAACAGUCCUAUUCAGGACUACGUUCACCCGGACGAUCAAACUCAACCUACUUUUGAAAUGACUCCUGGGUUCAAAACUUUCACAAUAAAAUAAAUAUUAACGUGCAGUUUGGUGGUCGAUUGGUUCAGACACCCCCCAUUAAAAAAUACUGGAUCCGCCCCAUGAAGCUAUAAUCAUACAUGUAUGUGAACUAUACAUGUAUGAUAUUCUUAAUUUUUUAGACAUCUUUUUGCUUUUAGAACCAGCCAUGUAAUACCUUGAACUCCAGUGGCUCAGCUCCAGGAGUUUUAACUCACAAAUUACCUCCAAGAAGCAAGCCUGUGUCCUCUUCACCAUGCAGUCCACAGAAGUAAGUUUGUUACAACAUUAAUUUUGGUUCUCACCUUUUUAGAGGGAAAAUCCAUUUUUUUUAUUCCAAAAAGCAAGAAUUUUGCUGAAUAUGUCCCGUGUAGGACUAUGAAAAAGCUAGUGAAGUCCCCAUGGUUUUUGCAAUAGGUAUCCCUGUUCUCUUGUAAUCCUCCUGACUCCACCUUUUGGGAUAUGAGAUUUGCAAUUAGUCUCUCCUAUAAUCUACCAUGAAAUCCACUUAUGUAACCCAGUUGGAUUGUUUUUAAACAAAUAUACACUCAAAUAAUCAACACCACUGUAGAGCAAAGUGGUGCACAUGAUACAGGUUAAAAUUAAAUUCAGGUUAAAAGUUUUUAACCUAGGGUGAUUCUAAAUAAAUUAUUUCCUUUGUCUCCUAGCCCUAAUUAUUCAUGAAUAACCUGAAUUUAAUUUUGCCCUGUAACACCCUUGCAGCAAAUCAUAAUGUACAAUACAAUACAGUAAUUACCUCUCCCAAGGGGGCUAUUCUGAGAUAAUUUACAAAGAAAUAAUUAACUAGGAGUAAUCGGAGCUUAGGAGAGUGAGUUUGAUAUGUUUGCUAGGCGUACAGGUAGCAGUUGAGGGGAAAGGGUGGAUGGUUCUUGCGAUAGACAACUAUGAUUAUGGCAUAUUUUGAACGUAAGGGUUGCGUACAGCGAAACCUCGAUUUAAACUGUGCAUGAUAAUGAAAAGGUUUUGAAGGCUAGUGAUCAGCGUGAUGAGGGAGGGAAAGAAACACAGUGAGUAUUGGGUGAGAAACCUUGCUGGAAUUGAACUUGCAGCCUUUUAAAAAUGGGCUUAUUGAGAGAGUGCACAUAGUUGACAGGUGCACUUGAUUGGCACAUGCCAAGUACAAAUUUGCAAGAGAAAGCAGACCCCAUUGUGAUAGGAGACUCAACUGGCCUUAGAAUUCUAGCAAUAAGAAUGGGUUUACGCUGGCUGAGGAGUGAAUGAAGCAGAACAUGUUUUUCUCACACUCAGCUGUGAGUAUUGGUUUGAGUGUAUGGAGGGGCUUUGGGUCUCAUUUGGUGUGUCAGAGUUCUUUCUUUUUUUUUGCCGUCCACCAUUGCCUAUCCUGUCCCGCCCACCCACCCUUGAUGUGUUUUUUGAGUAGCUCUGGUUGUUAUUGUAUAUAGUCUCAGUUUCUUGUCUGCCAUUUUUAGCUCGUUUGUGCUGUAAUACUAGCGAUUUAUGGUGUUGAUAUUUGUGGUGUGAGAACCAUAAUAUUUUAUUCUGAAAUUAAUGCCUGUUACAUCUUGGGUAAUGUAAGGUUCCUCCAUGACAUUAAUUUUUUUCUGUUUUGUUUUUUAGCAGGAUGACACCAAACAGACCAUCCAACUACUUUGCAAAACAAAUGAAUCCACCUUCUUCCUCCUACAAUUCUCAGAAUAAAAAAACACCAUUCUUUGAUCAAACAAGAGCAAGAGGUUAGUGAUGAAAAUUGAACAGUAACUUGAUACAUGUACAUAGAGAUAUAGAGUCAGAAAUUAACUUUUUUCUAUGGGCACCAUCUGGCGACUGGAAAAAAAAUUUUUAGUCACCAGAUAGCAAAAAUUAGUUGGCAAAAAUCUUUUCCUUGCCAAUAACACAUGAAAAAAAACAAAUGUUUUGGACAUUUUCAGCUCAUUUCCUUAACUGUUAUCCUCCAAUUAUUAUUUUACAAAGAAGGUACCUUGUUGACAGGGUGACAUUUGAAAUUGUGGUCGUCAGCUCUCAAUUUUAAGGUGCAUUGGUGUCCAGCUAGUCACAAUUUCGGACCCUGAGUAUAUUAUAGAAAGAUGGGUUAUUAAAAGGCUGUACAUACAUUGGUUUUAUGACUUCCAGUAAUUCAAAGCCAUUGACUCUACAAUGUACAUAACUAAUAAUUCAGCCACUGGCUUCUUUUGCAUUGACUUCACAUCAAAGCUUACAAAUAUUUUCUUAGACCACUGCUUGCUUAUCCUUAUGUCUUUUUCCUUACUCAGGGUUCUCAUUAAGUGGCGACAGCCAGCUAAAAAACCAACCACUCGGAGGUUUGAGCCAUCUACUUUUUGGGGAAAUAGGCUAAAAUGAGAGAGUGAUAGCUUGAAAUUGCCUACAGCACUCAGUUACCAAACUGCCUACUUUUUGUAUCCUAGCUGUCUACUUUAAAAAUUAAUGAGAACCCUGCUUACGGUAUGUGAAUAAAGAAAAUUAAAGCAUUGGAUGCUCAUGAACACUUCUCCUUAAAUAGUUUGGCAACAUCCACACCCUUGUUCAAAUUAAAAUAUAAAAAAAAAACAAGCAUUUAAAUAUUAAAUUUGUUUACCUCUGUGAUGAUAUCCGCAGGCAAGUUAUCUUCAUCCUCAUCUAAGGAAAAUAACAUACAAGAUAUUGAGGUGGGUGAUGCAUGUAGAAUUCUUAAUUAACCAACUAUUGUGCUCUCGUCUUUGUACAUGUGCCUGCAAGCCUGAAGCACAGUGCACACAGCAUACAUGCCGUACUUUGUAUCCUUUAUUUUAGGCACCACUCUAGUAUUUCCAAAACCAAAUUAAAAUUUAGAAUAAUUAUGUACAGCAGUGCACUGUUCAUCUGAAAUCUGCUGCUGAAUAUCCCCCUUCUUCAUGUUUUUUUUCACAGACUCAAUUUAUUUAUCUUGUUUAUCAUGAUUUGAUUUUUCAUCUGAAAGCAUUUCUCUACCAUUUGAUAUUUAAACCACACACAACUGACAAUCCCUUGACCUUUAAAAUGUUUGUUCUUGUACAUUGUAGAGGCUUGGUACAAUGUAAUGAAUUUUACAAUAGAAUGUGAUUAGUCUUCUUAUCUAGCUUUCUUUUGAACAGGGUGUUUCUAAAUAAUAAUUGUUAUUGUUUUGUAAAUCAGGCUUUGCAUUGUCUGUGAUGCAGCAAAGCAUUGUCAAACAAAGUGCAUAAACAUUUGGCUUAGUUGGCCUUUCAUACCUGUGGCUUGAAGCAGGAGCGGAUCCAAGUGGGGUGGAUUGGGUGGCUAGCCACCCCCCUUUUGGACAGCCCACCAAAAAAAAUUUAUACAUUAAAAACAAACAGAAAUAUGUGGGUCCCAAAAAAUAUAGAAAUGCAUGCAAUCGCCUUGCAUACAAAACGCAGAACCAUUGAUAGAAGUGUGGUUUGUGAGAAAUUUGUGAUGCUGAAUGAUGGCAUCUUCACUUUUCGCCCACUACAUGUAAGUUAUUUUUUCUAUUUUGUGGCUUUUCAAGAGUUUGCAGCGAUACUGUCUCCAAUUCAUCCUUUCUGAAUCACCAUGUUUUGGGACAAACGUUGGACAACAUAAAAUAAAUUAAUGCGUAGUUUGGUGGCCAAUUGGUAUCAGACACCCCCCAUUAAAAAAUCCUGGAUCCGCCCAUGAAGCUAUAAUCAUACAUGUAUGUGAACUAUACAUGUACGAUAUUGUUAAUUUUUUAGACAUCUUUUUGCUUUUAGAACCAGCCAUGUAAUACCUUGAACUCCAGUAGCUCAGCUCCCGCAGUUUUAACUCACGAAUUACCUCCAAGAAGCAAGAUUGUGUCCUCCUCACCGCCCAGUCCACGGAAGUAAGUUUAUUACAACAUUAAUUUUUGUUGUCACCUUUUUAGGGGGAAAAUCCGGUUUUUUUAAUCCAAAAAGUAAGAAUUUUGCUGAAUAUGUCCCGUGUAGGACUAUGAAAGAGCUAGUGAAGUCUCCAUGGUUUUUGUAAUAGGUAUCCCUGUUCUCUUGUAAUCUUCCUGACUCCACCUUUUGAGAUAUGAGAUUUGUAAUUAGUCUCCUAUACCCUGUCAUGAAAUCCACUUUAUGUAACUCCGUUGGAUUGUUUUUAAACAAAUAUAUACUCAAAUAUUCAACACCACUAUAGAGCAAAGUAGUGCACAUGUUACAGGUCAAAAUUAAUUUCAGGUUAAAACUUUUUAACCUAGGUUGAUUCUCAAUAAAUUAAUUAUUUCCUUUGUCUCCCAGCCCUAAUUCAUGAAUAACCUGAAUUUAAUUUUGCCCUGUAACACCCUUGCAGCAAAUCAUAAUGUCACUGGUUUGUUGCCUUGCUGCAAGGAAGAGAAAAAAAAAUUUUUCUUGUCGAAGAUGGUAAACAGGAGGUUAAAACUGCUAAAUGAAGAUUACAGUGGUUUGAGAUUUGAAGUAAGUUUUCCCUCUCUAUAAGAUGAGCAGAAUCUGUUUCAUGGUAUAAUACAACACAGUAACUAUAAUUAUUACCUCACCUGAGGGGGCUAUUCUGAGAUAAUUUACAAAGGAAUAUUAGUUAAAUUUUACAUCAUCACCCUGCUGAGGGAGGGAAAGAAAUACAGUGAGUAUUGGGUGGGAAACCUUGCUGGAACUGAACUUGCAGCCUUUUAAAAGUGGGCUUAUUGAGAGAGUGCACAUAGUUAACAGGUGCACUUGAUUGGCAUGCGCCAAGUACAAAUUUGCAAGAGAAAGCAGAUCCCAUUGUGACAGGAGACUCAACUAGCCUUGGAUUUCUAGCAAUAAGCAUGGGUUUACACUGACUGAGGAGCAAAUGAAGCAGAAAAUGUUUUUCUUACACUCAGCUGGGAGUAUGGGUUUGAGUGUAUGGAAGGGCUUUGGGUCACAUGGUGUUUCAGAGUUCUUUUGUUUUUUUUUUGCCAUCCACCAUUGCCUAUCCUGUGCAGCCCACCCACCCUUCAUGUGUUUUUUGGGCAGCUGUGGUUGUUAUUGUAUCUAGUCUCAGUUUCUUGACAGUCAUUUUUAUAGCUCCUUUGUGCUGUAAUACCAGUGAUUUAUGGUGCUGAUAUUUGUAGUGUGAGAACCAUAAUUUUAUUCUAAAAAAACAAUACCCAUUACAUCUUGGGUAAUGUAAGGUUCCUCCAUAACAUUAUAUUUUUCUGUUUUGUUUUUUAGCAGGAUGACACCAAACAGACCAUCCAACUACUUUGCAAAACAAAUGAAUCCACCUUCUUCUUCUUACAAUUCUCAGAAUAAAAAAACACCAUUCUUUGAUCAGACAAGAGCAAGAGGUUAGUGCUGAAAAUUGAAUAAUAAUAAUAAUAAUAAUAAUAAUCUGCACAUGAUACAUGUCUACUAGAUAGAGAUAUAGAGUUGGACAUUAAAUUUUUUCUAUGGGGCACCAUCUGACAACUAGAUAAAAAUGUUUGGUCACCAGAUAGCAAAAAUUAGGUGGCAAAAAUCUCUUCCUUGCCUUUAACACAUGAAAAACAGCGAAUGUUUUGGACAUUUUCAGCUCAUUUUCAUUAACUGUUAUCCUUAGCUAAUUAUUUACAAAGAAGCUACCAUGUUGACUGGGUGGCAUUUGAAAUCCUGGUUGUCAGCUGUUGAUGUUUAGUUGCAUUGGUGUCCAGCUAGUCACAAUUUCGGACCCUGAGUAUAUUACAGGAAGAUGGUUUAUUAAAAGGCUGUACAUACAUUGUUCAUUUGUCAGUAAUGUAAAAAGGCAAUGAGUUGUCUAAGGAGGUUGAAAGUGGAACUUGUCAGUAACUUUUUGUAGGUUGUUCUUUAAUUAUUAUCGGUUUUAUUGUACAUGUAGAUAACCUUAGCAACACGUCUAGUAGUGGCAAAUCUGCAUCAUCAUUCUAUGGUCGUAAUUCUGGUAAUUCUGGCUUGUUUUCCUUUGAAAGGUUAGUAUUGUUUAUUUUAUUUCUCUUGAAAAUAUAUCUUGGUAGGAGGAAAUUGAUGUCAGUCACUCUUGGAAAUUUAAGGGUCAAGUGUCUUUUUGCCGGCACAACAAGCAUUGUGCAAUGCAGGAUUUGUUUGUUGUGAUAUAAUUAGUGUUCCUUGUUAAUGUAAGAGACACAAAGCCGUCCAUAUUUUCUGUGGAAAAUUAUGGUAUUGUGUUUUGUGUCAUGAAACUAGAAAAAGAAUUAAUGUUGCUCAAACUAUUGGAGAAACAUACAGGAAAACAGAACAUUGCUGAAAAAAGGAAUGGAAUUUUUUAUUUAUACUAAAAGGCAGUAGUGCUCAUAAUUUAUUGCAAAAUAUGGCAUGUAUCAGUAUAUAAAUACCUAUGUAGGUAGGAUCCUAGGCAGGACAGUCAAGAACCUCGGUGGGGCAGUCAGGUGCCUGUGUGGGACAGCAUGAAGCCUGUGUGGGACAGUGGAGAGCCUGAGUGGGGCAGUAGGGAGCCUGGAUGGAGAAGUUGGAUAGUGGGAAGCCUGUGUAGGACAGCCCUGGGUGGAGAAGUUGGAAGCCUGUGUGGGACAGUGGGGAGCUUGGGUGGGGCAGUGGGGAGCCUGGAUGGAGAAGUUGAAUAGUGGGAAGCCUGUGUGGGACAGCCCUGGGUGGAGAAGUUGGAAGCCUGUGUGGGACAGUGGGGAGCUUGGGUGGGGCAGUGGGGAGCCUGGAUGGAGAAGUUGAAUAGUGGGAAGCCUGUGUGGGACAGCCCUGGGUGGAGAAGUUGGAAGCCUGUGUGGGACAGUGGGGAGCCUGCAUGGGACAGUAAGAAGCCUGGGUAGAGAAGGUGGAAGCCUAGUUGGGACAGUCUCUGGUUGCUGGGUGGGACAGUGGGGAGCCUUAGUAGGGCAGUCAAAGGCCUGUGUGGAACAGUUGGGAGCCUGGGUGGGGUAGUGGGGAGCUGCGUUGGACAAUGGAGAGCCUGGUUGGGGCAGUAGACGACCUGUGUAGAACAGUUGGGAGCCUUGGGAAGACAUUGUUGAUCUUGUGUGGUAUAGUCAGGAUCCUGAGUGUGGCUGUUGGGAUCCCAGAUGGGACAGGUGGUGUGAUUUGCCAGGAAAUACCAACCAUCUCCCUUACCACACAUUAUGAUUCAUUGUAAUGUUUUUAUUUUAUUAUUUUUUUCAACCGCAGGAAAAGUUCAGGUACCUUGGGUCCAGGCUUGAUGCCUCCACCUCGUUUGUCAAGUGCAAUUACCUUCAGGUCUCGUGAUAAGCGACCUUUUGAAAAGGAAGUCACCUUAACAGGGUAAAGAAUUAAUUUAUUUCUACUUGUAAUAAUUAUUAUUAUAGAUGUAGAAAAUCAACACUGUCUUUUUAAGCAGUGGACAUAAGGCUUUUAGAAACCAGGGCAGUUGCAUUAUAGUAAUAAAGUUGUAGAUUUCAUAUUGUUCUCAUUUUUGUAAUAAUAUUUUAUUAUAUUUUCUGUGUACAAGUUUUUCAAUCCUACUUUCAUGUUUUUCAAAUACGUGUACACUAGUUUGCGUCCUAUCCAUAAUUCCCCUCAAAGGGUUAUUUGGCUUAAACCCCUUAACCCUUGACAAAUUUUGGCCAUUUAAGAAUGUUAACUCCCAUACCCACAAUGCCUCUUUCCCCAUUGGAGGUUAAAUUUAUCUACUUUUGAUAUAGAGAGGUUUGAGACAUUCACAUUUAAACGACCUUUAACUGUCCAUUUGGAUCAGGGUCCCUUGUGCUGCAUGAAACAUCAUCAGUUUCAAAUAUUAUAGACAACUUUGAUGACUGACUUGUGCAGGGGGGAGAGAUCAGAGAAAAAUGAAACAGACCAGAGAGAAAUGCAAAGAAAAAAAACAUGAUAAUUUGAACACUUUCUACCUGUACUUCCUUCAAAUUAUUUUGAUGUCAUAAUCCUCAUUGUUCCUUGAAAACUUUUCCAACUGAAAUAUAUAGUAGAAGAGAAGCAAGAAAUUGCAAGGAGAAAAGUCUUACCUUUGUCCCAUCACCAAAGCAGGCAUUCUUUCUGUGGGGUGAUUUGACUGUGGAAUUGAUCUAGACAACAUUAAGAAAGUGAUAAAGUUUCUGAUAAUGUUUUGUGUCAAGUGAAUAAAAAAGCAAAUAAUAAAUUUGUUUUAUUCUUUUAAGUUUUUCUAAUUUGGGGAACACUUGCUACAUGAAUGCCAUUCUACAAUCCCUUUUGGGAGUUCCACCAUUCGUUCAAGAUCUUUCAAACAAAGCUUUGUUAGACCGAGUUCAUCCACAUUGUCUCUACCGGUGAGUACAGAUUCUCCUUCUAUGAAUUUAACUUUCUCAUGCUAGGUGAAAAAAAUAUAUAUAUUAUUACAGGGUUCGCAUGCACCUUGAAUGUCCUUGCAUUUUAAAAUAGAAAUUUAAAGCCUUGAAAGUCCUGAAAAUUGCACUCAGUGCUGGAAAGUCCUUGAAUUUCAAUGCUAACUGUAUAGUUUUGAGUAGAACUCCGAAGGAAAAGAAACAAACACAGAAAGACGCUCAGGGUAAAAUUAUUCAUGUUGUGAAGAACUAAAAAAGACAUAGACUCAAGGCUCUUUUUUGCACUGAAAGGAGUCCUCAAAAAAUGGGAAAUGUGUUCUUGAAAGGCCUUGAAAAGUCCUUGAAUUUUUUGUUCAAAAAGGAUACGAACCCUGUAAUUAUUAUUAUGUCAAGUUUAAUUUUAUUAAAAAUUUAAGUUUGAAUUCCUAGUCAUAUAGUAGCUUAAGCAUUGUCAGCAUUGUCAAGCUUGUCUUUGACAUUUUGAAGAACAAACCUGAUGGGUAUUCAUUCAUUACUCAUGACCACCUACCCCUCCCCUAAGUCAACAUAAACACUUACUUCUCACUUAUGAUCACCCACCAGAGAUGAAAGGCCUGGUUUACUUUCUUUUUUUCUCUGUAUGGGGAGAAUAGAAAAACAUAUAUUAUUUUUACCACUUGUGAUUGUAAGUGUUCAGUUUUAAGGAGGCACUGUAAAUCAUAAUUUUUGAUGAUUAAAAAACAGAAAGUGAAGAAGACAAUCAGAACAAUUAGAACAUCAUAAUUCAAAAACACUCCUAUAGGAUUUACUUCAAAUCUUGUCAAGGCAAGGACAAUGGUCUAAACUACAGUGUAUUAGCAACGUAAAGGAUUUUAACAGAUUAUUGCUAGAUUUCAAGAAAAUUCCCAAUUAAUUUUGUAGAUUUCAUGUCAUCAUUAUUCUGUUGCUAUGGAAGUGGCAAUGUCAACAAAGCAUACUCUAAAAUUAAGUCCAACGUCAGAAAUGUUGUUUCACUGUGUGGCUUUUUUGUACAUGCAUUAAAGCCAAAGUUAUGAAGCAUCAAACACGAAAGGGGUGAGACCUUGAAGAAUGGGUGCAAGCUUCCUUAAUGAUUUCAUUCCAUCAUGCUUCCAGAUGUCUGUAUAAUGUGAUGAUGUGCAAAAGGAGAAGUGGAAAUGCAGAAGCACUGAAAAAUAGCUUGAGAAAACUAAAGCGAACCAUCUCAGAAGCAGCAACACGUUUCUCAGGAUAUCAUCAGCAUGUAAGAGAACCUCAAGUUCCUUAUGCCAUCAUCCUUCUUGUCCUCCUGUUGUAUGUAUUGAAGGUCAAAAUUAAAUUCAGGUUAAAAUUUUUCAACCUACAUGUAGGUUGGUUCUCAAUUUCCUUUUACUCCUAGCCUUGAUUAUUCAUUAAUUAGGGUUAGGAGACAAAGGUAAUGAAGAAUUAGCCUAGGUUAAAAAAUUUUAACCUGAAUUUUGACCUGAAACGUAAUUAUGUACUACAUAUAUGUUACAGGUCAAAUUUAUUUUUAGGUUAUUUUUGUUUUAACCCAGUUUGUUUUUUAAUGAGUAAACUAAACUCAUGGGUUGGAUUCAAUCUGCCAUUUUUGUGUGAGAGUGAUCGCAAGAAGAGAAAAACGUAGUUCCAUUUACGCAUGAGCAGAUUAUUAUGUGUAGCCAAACACAGUUGGAUGACAUUACGUUUUAUGCUUAAGUAGACCAUUAUUUGUAGACAGUUAUUUGCAGAUCACGUGGUGGGAUCUUGGCCAAUGAAGAGGAAGAAAAAUUUGCAUCAAAUGAUAAUUAAAUUUAGUGGUGCAUGUCAUUUCUCAAGGUAAAACCAGACAACCAGGGUGAAAGAGUUAAAUUAUUAAGAAGACAGCAUUUUACAAAAUUAAUAAUAAUUUUUUUCCGCAAAUAAUUGUCAUGUAAACUUUAAUUUAGAAGGUUCAAGAACAUUUAUAUUAAUACUAUGACUUGGUACAUGACCAUAGAAUACAGGUGACCAAGUUGUUGGGUACUUCUGAUGCAAUGUUAGUGUUGUCAAAAAGUUUUUCUACUCACCAUAUCAUGAUGUCUAAAACAGUUGCAGCGUGGAGCAAUGAGGAUGCUAGCAAUAACAAGGCUUGAUGGUUACGUUUUUUUGUUUAGGAUGCCCAUGAGUUCUUGUGCCAAGUUUUUGAUCAACUGAGAGAUGAUGUAGACACCUGCAAUUCCCCGUCAUCUAAAGCCACAUCUAAAGAAGGCAGUGGCAUGGUAAAUACCUUUUAUUAUUGUUGGUAAUGUAAAAUAAUAUUUUGUCAUUCCCCAUUUGUGCAUCUCCCAAAUUGACCUUGUUUGCCCCCAACCCCCCAAAAUUUAAUAAUAAGUAAAUAAAAACUUUUGCAUUAGCAUUGUCCUCAAUUUUCUCCUGGGGCAACUACAAUAUCCAGGAGAAAUUAAAAAAAAAAGGUUAUCCAAAAUUUUGGGGAGCAAACAAGGUGCAUUAUGGUAGACGUGCAAAUGGCAAAUGUGGGUUUUGUGUUUUAUAUAAUAUGACAAUGGGUGACCCUAACCCAUGAAGCCCAAAUGAUCUUAACUUAACCUGGGCUCUUGGGUUCUGCAGCAUGAAACAGCUAGGAGUAUUGCUACCUCCUCCCCCCUCCCCCUUCCCCCGCCUGGAUGAGACCCCAGUCCAUCUUGGGGUUUAAUAUACUUAUGAGCAGUAUUUUCAGUGAUGUACUUCAAAUAGUAAUAGCCAGUGCAUGUACUCGGUGUCACCUGAAGAGUUAUUACACUAACUAGGACAUCUAAUAAAUUUUCUUUAGGUGGCAGACACACAGUGUCCUGUAACAAGGUCAUUUGAAAGUGCUGUCCUUCAUACAGUUAGCUGUAAACAGUAAGUACAAAAACCAGGGACUUCAUGUGCUUCCAUAUGAAUAGAGACCCUCAGCUGUCACAGUCUUUUGGUUCCUCUCUUUAUCUCAUGCAUUUGAGACCAGAAUUAUUGCCUUUUUAUAACUUUAUUAAAUAAUCAUCAUUUCAGUUUAAGAAAUUUUUAAUUACUAUAUCGUAGCCAAUUUAUAAUCUUAUUAGUUAAAUUUUAAAUUUUAUAUUUCAGUGUUUGCCAUAAUUGUACCCGUGGGCUGUCUAUAAAAUUAGCUGCAUGGCUAAGCAUAAUAAAAUUGUCCUUUGCCCUACUAAUAUUUUGUACUUGUGUAUUUCUGUUGAAUUUGUUAUCCAUGUUUUUUUAACAGACAAAAUUCUUUUACUACCAACAGUACAAAAUCCUGUUCAAUCAAUACAGGGCUUGCAAAAUUCUUUAAUGAUAGCUUAUCCGUUAGAUAAGCAGCCAGCUCUUCAAUUUGGCUUGUGAAGUUCCAUGCUAAGACUUACUUCACUAGUUUAUGUUGCAUUCAGAGUGUAGCAUUUUGUCUGCACUCUUAUGUAUUGGACAAGUAAGCAAGAAACAUUUCUUGCCUAACAGGAAGGCUUUGCUAAGGCAAGCCUUCCCUGAUAAAAAAGAAUAACCUGGCACCUUUUUCUUCAAAACUGGAUGGCAGGUCAGUGACCACUGCCUUUAAAAAAAAGAGCAGAGUGGGUUCUGUUUUUGCUGUUAGUAAUUCAAGAAUUUUUCCAUUAUCCCAUUACAAUGUUCCAACAAAAUAAUCUUUAUUCUAAUUUUAUAUGUUUUAAUAUCAUUAUAGAUGUGGGGAGUCAGCCCUAAAAGAAGAAAUAUAUCAUGCAUUUUCCCUUGAUAUUCCAACCUUGUAAGUAAACAGUGUAUAUGAAGUUAGCUUGAUUGUCUUGAUUGUACAUGUAACAGGGCUUUUAUUACGCGAUGUGCAUCACAAUGCUACUCUAAAAGUCACUUUUCCACAUUUCAUGCUAAAUCAUCACUUGUGCCUUUAUUGAACUGGGCCCCUCAUUAUAAACAAAAGGAAAAACCUAAACAGAAGUUUUGACUUUUUCAAAACACAUAGACAUACCUUCCUUUAGCCAUCCUGUUGGUCACCUGGGUAGGGUAGGGUAGGGUUGGGAAGGUAGGGUAGGGUAGGUAACAUUUGCCAGGGUAGUGUUGGUAGGGUAGUGUAAAAUAAGGUCAACUAGUGUCAGAUCAGUGAAAUUGGUUAACCCUUUAACUGGCCAAUUUUGGGGGGAAAUUUGAUCACUGCAGCUAUGUUGUGAAAAAAUGCUGACAGCUUCUAUACUAUAACUCCCAGGGCCAUAAACUAUAUAUCAAAAUGUUCAUCAUCGAAUGCUCCUCUAACCACAGCAAUAAAAUGUAAAACAAGUUUAUUGUGAAUACUUUACCAUAUUGCUUCCAAUUUCGAUGCUCAAAGGCCACUUGACUUCCAAAGUUGCUUCAUCCUAUUGAGUCAAUUGCUGUUACGAGUUAUUAGAACUUGUUUUUCUUUGCUCGAAGAUUUACCUUCAGAAUAGCAAGUUUUGAUCCAUGUUAAAGGUCAAUUGAAGAUAGUCACGCCCAGUACAAUUCCUUAAAGCUCCACAGAUGAAACCUGAAAAUCACUGUAAUUUAUAAUAUCCAUUUCCACAAUAUUAUUAAUUACUUAUUAUUAAUUUUGUCUAAUUAUUGCUUUUCUAUGCAGAUUACCAGAUAGCUCUUCUUUAACUACAAUCAAUUUGCAAACCUUGUUGGCAAAGUAUUUUAAGGUGCAGUCACUGAACUUGAUGCUUAUUAUUUGUCAACUUUCUUUAUUUCAUAAACAUUUACAGUACACAACUGUCCAAGUUAAAGUUUUUGCUUGGUUGCCACUUGGUGACUAAUUCUGUUGGUUUAGGGAGACUUUUUUACAAAUCAAGUCGCAAGUUUCAAAAUUUUAGGUGCUAUGGCGACUAAAAUAAUUGCAACUUGGAGGGUUGAGUACAGUAAGUUUAAAACUGUAUUUAGUGGAACAGGUUGCCCUAAGGGGUGCAGGGGUGAGAGGGGGGGAGCACCUAAUGGACGUUUGGGUGGUAGAGUGCUGGUUAGCCAGUUAGGGCUUCACAGCCUCGCCCUUUUAAAGGCGAAAACUGUUCAUUUGGCUACCCUGUUAAAGAUGAGACCUUUUUCAAUGACCCUAUUUGGUUUCAUUUCAUUGCACAUACAGAUCUACUUAAGUGUUUUUUUAAGCUGACAUCAAGGAAUAAAAUGUUUUUUGGUACCACACUGUCUUGUAGAUUGCACACUGCCAACAAAAAGAGUCCUUUUUUCAUGUUUCUGCUCAAAAUGUAAGAGAAGAGUCAACUGCUUGAAGUAUGCGUCUUAGCCUGGUGCUACCCUGGCAGUAACUUCAAAGAAAAUAGGUGACUGCUCACAGCUCACAGUUUUUACCUUCUGUUUUCCUUUUUAGGAUGAAGAACUGGAAUAUAAGUGUAGCAAGUGUGAAGCUAAGGAAGCUGUUAUUUCACACAACUUCAUCAGGCUACCAAGGUCAGUUACCAAGGUUAUCACACAUAAGCUUCAACUAUAACUUUGGUCAUACAGACUCAAAGUCUGGAAACUUUAAAGUUGAGAUAAAAGGCCAUUUUACUGCAACAGAGAGAAAGGAGGCUGGAGUUGACCUUGUUUUGAUACAGCCCUUCCUGCUUUCUUAUGUAAAUCUUGUUGUUGUUAUACUAGCUACUAUUAAUUUUUUCAACAUUAAUUUUCAUAAGAAAACAAAGGAAGUUUGUAUCAAAACAUGGUUUACCUCAGCUUCUCAUUCACUCGAAGGCUAGGGUACUAAACCUACAAUUGUAAAAAUGUGACCCUAUUUGGGAAAAGGGGGAUUAAGGUGAAUUUAGAAAACAACGUUCUAACGCGUUUAAUCGGCUUCGUCGAAAAGCGUGGAAACGCAUUUUGUAUGCGUUUAAACAGAUUUUUAAUGCGUUUAAACAACCGGCUCUGUUGCACUUCAAUAUUGCAUUUCGUAUGAUGGAAAGUAAGCUAAUUUAGUUGUAUUUGCAUGAAUAAAUUACCAGUGUUUUAUUAUAUGAAAUGCGAAGAUUAGGGUGCAUGUCUUCCAACUCACUGUGUCAAAAUGAUCAAUUCACCAGCAACUUACCUUUUGCCUUUCCUUUCUACAUAGCAGACGGCUAAAAAAUUGCAUUGCAGUAAUCAUCACAUUCCGUCUAUAAUAUCGUUUUUUCUGUGAGCGCCUCAUGUACACCGACUUUAGCCCACUUGCAGUGCAAGAAUGUCGUGCUAUCAACGGGAGCAACCAAACAAUUAGCACACGCAGGAAAGAAGAUGCGCUUUUCGAGUCUUCCUAAGAAUGGAGCAAGCAGUCGAAUUUGAGCCUACGGAUUCCGUAGUUUUCAUGUUGAAUACAAUAGCCAACAAUACUGCUCAAAGAAACGCAAACUACCUAACGACGCUUCAAAAUGUUUCUAUCGGCAUAUCGGGCUUCAUCAACAGGCUGGUCAAUCCUUUUUCUCAAGCUUGUUUUAAUCUUUUUAUGCUCUUUAAAACCUUCACAUUCGACUCCUUCGUUUUUCCUCUUCGGAAUUUUUGGCGACAAAAGCACGUCGCCAGAAGCGAAGCAGGAUCGAAGAAAUAAUGGCGCAAGCCUUCGUCAUGUAUUUUCGCAUUCAGGGUCACUGGUCACGAUGUCGUGACGCUCGCCCCGUAACAACAGAAAAUAUCAGCUUUUCGCCCGCUUUUAUAACGAGAAAACUUUGACUGUACCUCUAAGGAAUGUGAGACAGCUUGUGCGCAGGGAAGAUCACUUAUUGAAUAAACCUCCAAAUUCUAUGUGUUAUGAAUCAAGGUUUCAAUAAAUUUCAUUCCGUGACUGGCAAGUGUGGGAAUGUUAUCGCUAAUUCCCUUGAGACAUCCUAGGCUGUAAUCUAAUUGGUCGGCAGCUUUGCAGGAGAUCCCAUUACAUAUCUAGGCAAACAUUUGCCACCGUUGAAUGAAGGGCGCAAACAUUCAUACAUUGUAAGUUUUUUGCAUCUAGUUCUGUUUCGAGAUGGAAGUUCUGUUGAUGUUUUUGGAUGGAACAGCUCAAAGGUAUUUGUAAACAACGGCACUGUACAGUGAAUUCUACGCUAUAAAGUACCGACGAAUCGAACCAAAGCAAGCAACACAGAUACAAGAAUCUUAGCUGGGGUACGCAUGCACUUACAAGAUUAAAACGUUCACGAUAAUGUACGUUCCUUAGUCCAUUGUAAAAUUUAACGACGACCAAAGUAAAAUUGGGUUGAAUUCGUUCAUGAAAAAAGUGUAGCAGAUCGUGGAUCAUGGAAAAAACGUCAAGGUGAGCGAUGUCAGGCUUACGCUGUUGCAAAUUGCAGCGAAUCAAAAAUCAUUUGGUUUGUGUCCGUGCAAACGUUAUGUAGCACAAUCGCUCUUAUUCUCUUUAUUUUUAAAAAAGAUAAACUUCAUUGUCUGCAUGUUAAUGCAUGUUCUUACAUUUAGAUGAGUGACCGUGAUUGCUGAAUAUUUACAAAGCGAGACUGUCGCAGAUUUGUUAUGUCACGUGCUUUUGUAACGUGUACGCGUGGAUUAAAAGUAUCAGUUGCAUUUUGACUUUCUUGUGGUUUUUACACCGUUACUGUACUAAGGCCUUGUCAACUCCUCUACCAUGUCUCAUGAUUAUUGCAUUAUUGAAGUCUGCAAUUCGUUUUUUUUUGUACUGACGAGUGGUAGGCCAUUACCGGUAACAACAUUUUAUCUUUUCGAAGCCACUUUGCAGCCCAGAUCGUGAUUCGGGAAUUUUCUGCACCGCUGCUACAGCGCUGUUUAUCGCUCCAUCAUGUAAUAUUCAUUCGUACAUUCCUCACUGCAGCUGAAGUUUAUGCUCAUGAUUUACGUACUGAGUCACCGAGUAUUUAGUGUUUGUUUUCUUCCUCGAAGAACUCCGCCAUAUUUGGUUGGACUUUCGAUCCCGCAUUUCCUCUCCGUUCCGAGUCCUUGAAUGAAGUUUUCGAUGGUUUUUCGAGCUGCAUUGCUUCAAAUAAAUCAGAGUAACCCCGGAUGACACCCAAUAAUGAAGCAAGUGUCCAUGUAAUUAUGCGCUCAUUUGAGGUAAAUUAACAGCGUUUAAACGCGUCGUUUGUAUAAAGCUCUUUCGACAUAAAAAUCUUUCGCACGCGUGUUUUGUGUGUUUAAACGUUGUUUAAAUACGUUUAAACGGUGUUUUAACACGUUUACGUUUAAAACGAUAGAAAACACGUUUUUUUGUUAUUCACCUUAAUCCCCCUUUUCCUAAAUAAGGUCACAAAUGGUUUAUGGAAAGUAGUGAACUUAUGCAAAAGAACAGUGAAGGAACGAAGGCACCAAACCUUGUGUGACAAGCGUAACAAUAAUUAUGAAAAAAAAAAUUACCAUCUUUCAUUCUUUCACUAACAAUAAUAAUAUUGUUUGAAAAAGCUUUCUGCCAAACGUCACUGUCCUGGGAACAGAUCGUUUUCUACCAGAACACAGUAUUGGUUUAAGAGGAUCAUGACAAAACUCGCCAGACAGUAACAGCCCUGUCACAUUUGUCACACAAACAUUUUGCCAUGUUUUUCUUUCAGCCAUCCUGUUGCAUAAGCUCACUCUUAUUAUUCAUUCAAAAUAAAUUAUUUCUCUGUUUUUGAUUGGCUCACAUCUCUCAGCUUAUUAUAUAUAACCAGCUAUAACCAGCCAGCAUUAACCAAAUUGAGAAGACAUUUGUGUUAUGUGGAAAAUUUCGUCAAUAGUACAGGGUAAUGGCCAGAAAAAUUAGAGAGCUUUAGAUUUAUUUAGUUAAAUCUCGUACUCAUAGUUGUCCUCAUCGCCAAAUCUAAAGCUCUCUGUUAAUGCACUCAACCAAGAAGCCAUGGGGAAGAGGUAGAGAGGAGGCAUUGUUUUGGUAGAACUGUACAAAACCCUACCCUACCCUAGCUAAUCUUAUGUAGCUAUCCAACUCUACCUUGCUUUACCCUGCCUAACAUAGUACUCUAUUUUACCUUACUUACCCUACUUUACUCUACUCUUUCCUACCUUCCCUACCCCAAUCUCCACUGCCUUGGGCUUACCAUGUGUGUACCCCACCCAGGUAUAACCUGCUCAUGACUGCUCUGCUCUACUCUACCCCAGCUGUACCUUAGGCUCAGUUUAGAUGUCACUCCACUCCUGUGCCAAACCCAAACUGAUGAAUUAAGUACGGCAUCUGAAUCAAUUUGGUACGACAGUUUUCGUUUGGUGCGGCAAAAGGGCUAAGUUUGACAGAGUCUGUGGAACUUUUGUCAAACUUAAGUUGGGCUUGACACACGGUGCGCCUUCUGAAUCAGAUGUGGCACCAGUGACGCUCCAAAGUCAAACUUAUUCAAUUAGGUUUGGCACAUGACAAGUACGGCGUCUGAACCAGGCCUUAUUCUAUCUUAACUCCAAUCAGUGGUGUUGUUUCUACAGUAUUAUUCUGAAUUGUUUAAUUGAUAGUUAUUGUUCACAAUGUUCUUUCAGGCUUCUUGUCCUUCACUUGAAACGUUAUGAAUAUGACAACUUAACAGAAGAACAAGCUAAGAAACAGGACAAGGUCAACAUUGAAAGGUUCAUUGACUUGAGUAAGUGUCAGGGUUACGUGUUAGAAGUCAAUCAAGUUUUACACAUCUUAUAGAGAGUAUAAAGCUGAACUUUUAUUGGGGGGGUGGGGGUGGGGGUUGGGGAUGGGGUGAGAAACCUUAGUGAGCCCAUGGGUACCUACCAUUUACAUGGGAAAACCAGAAAUUCCGGUUGGAAAAUCAAAUGGUUUGCGUCAUUUUGUUUGGGAACCUUCAGAAAACAUGGGCUGUGAUUUGAGGCAAUGCAAUUUUUCUUCUCUUUUUGGUCUGUUCAGCACAUUUGGAUAUACUUUGUAUUGUAUCGUUUUCCCACCGCGUCAAUUUUACAGUUUUAUGUUUAUGCAGAAGAUUUCUAUCCGGGUGGUUUGUGUAGAUGUUAAACACCCCAUAUUUAUGUGCAUUGCCAGUUAACUGCAUGUUGUUUGUCUUCAUUUGUUAGGUAUGCUGUGUUCUUCAAAAACCAAACCUCCUCUUGAUUUCUGCCCCAAAUCAUUACUUCAAAUGUAAGCUUUUUGUAUCUUCUGCUCCAUAAUAAAUUUUUACCUCAGUGAUAUGAUAGUGGAACGUUUUUCUGGAGACUGAUUAAGUUUUAACACUUUUCAUGCACUUAAAAAUAGGCCAGUUUAUUUUGCUGAUACAGGAGUAGUGCUAGACAGGCGGCAGAAAACCUAAACUGCAUGUUCAUUGAGUCCUUUAAAAAGUCUGAAUUAUUUCAGCCAAGAAAAUCAGAGGAAAAGCUGUUAAAUCUAGCCAUCAAAUUAUUUAACAGUCACUUAUUCAGCAUUAGGUAUUUUGAUAGAUGUAUAUGACAAAAAUCAUAUAAUAACUGUGGAACUGAAAUCAAAAUGAAGAGUGAUCCUCGCAAUUGUGAACGCAAUUUAUGCAACUGCAUAAGAAGCCUGAAAAGUUCAGGUUUUCAGCAGGGUUUGACUCAUGACCUCGCAAUACCGGUGCCCGUCUUAUAGAAAUGUCUGUAAAGAAAGAGUUGGCUGUACCUUCAUUUCUCAGUUCUCUUAAGACUUUGUGUAUUGGUACGGCAUAGGGGAGCGAAGGUAAGAACUUCUGCUCUGCAGUCAAGCAGCUGCGCUCUACCAACUUUGGUUAUGGUAAGGUUAAGAAUCCUGUUUUCUGCCACUACAGCUCUCCCUUAGGUGUAUUUGGAAUUUCCCCUCAUCCAUUUAUUUGUUUUUUGUAUACAUGUACUUGUUAGAAGUGACCUCAUACCUUAUAGUAAUUGUCUGUGGGCUUCCUGUGCUAAGUUCUUAAAUCGAAGUAAACGUUCCUGGAUGUUUCCCCAGUUUUGAGAGGAAAGCAUGGCGUGUUGACUUGUGUUUAUCUCUUUGUUGAAUCCGAAUAUUUUUUCCUCCAUCGUGAGUACCUAAGAGAAUCCAAUAGUACUAAUGUGAUGUAAUAUUAUAUGCAGGAGUCCUCCUAAAUCAAAACAGAAACCUCAGAAGCGACACUACAUCAGUGAAGAUGAUGAUGAUAGCAAUGACUUUCAACCUUCUCCUUCAGUCAGAAGAAAAUUAGAUCACUCAUUCCGGAAUAGCUCAGCUACAAGGUACUAACAGUAAGCUAUGAAAAAGAAGGUCCACUUUAUAUUUGAAUAUUGUAAUCUGCAUUUGGCCCCAGGUUUACCAAAUUAAGGGAAAAAAGAAAUUUCCUAAUUCCAAUUCUUUGACAUCAUACUUUGAGAACUGAUAUACUUUCCUUUUAAAACCACAGAGGAAACUGAUAUUGCUCCAAAAUGCCUCAGGGCCAUACUCCAUCACCUCUUAAAACUUGUAUAAUGCAACUGGCUCCUAGAAACCUCUUUUUCAUUGUCCUUUGAAAACAAAGCUGCAUGCCAUUGUUUAUAGGGAGAGGGACAUUGUUUGAGUCUUUUAUGACUUGGUUUUCAUACAGAUAUUCCUUUAAAGUAAUAUGAAAUAAGGUCUGGCAAAUGUAUCUGGAUUUAGAUAGACAGGGGCACCCAAUGACGGUUUCCUCCCAAAUGCAUUGAAAACACUUUUUAGGUUAUCCAGAGUACUUUUAGGCCUCUAGAAAUGCAUUCUAAGCAGGGCUCUAAAUAUAAUUUGUAUCUAUUCAGUCAUCCCAGGGGAACUUGAGUCUUUUCGAAAUUACAAGGGCUUCAGUAUUAUUUUCCCGAAAAUUUAAAAUGCAAUUUAGCCCACUACAAAAGUGAAAAGUUUUUGGUGUCUCUCCUUCUCAUUUUUGAAUGCGAAAAUUUUACCUUUCCUUUUUCCUUGGAAAAGAUAGCCUAACCUGGGGUGUGAAAUGUGAAAAAUCAAACUUAAGAAAAUCGUAGGGAAUUUAUUAGAUAAGCUUCGAAAAUUGUACAUGAAUUGAACAGUCAUCUAGAAAUUUUUAGCCGCCCUAAAAUAAUAGAAAAUUCUAAGCAAUAUUUGCUUCUCUCGAAAGUUUUUACAGAGAACAGUCGUAAGGUACCCCUGAAUAGAGAGGUUUUUGUUUUACGAAGUCACAGUUAACUUACUCACCUGUGUACCGUUUGCUUUUUAGCCCAUUCAAGAUGUCUUCACGGAGUAAGACUGUAGAGGCAAGUUCUAAAAGUGGCCAAGACGCCAUGGGCUCUUUUGAACCCCAUUUGAUAGAUAAUUCUGAUUCUGACGACAAAGAAAAUAACGUUGAUAGUCACAUUUCUGCAAGCAACAGCCCUGUUUGGAGAGGAACAGAGGAGGAGCAGAUGGAAUGGGCAAUUGCAGAAAGUACUAAAUCAACCGAAAAGGCAGCUGGGUCAAGUACCCAGCAAGUUUCUUACACAGGAAAACUUGCAUCAGCUAAAUCUCUAUCCACAAGUGAUUUUGUAUUAGAUGCAAAUGUGGUUGGCAGUGAGACGGAUGCUGUGUUAACAGAAACCAGAGUUAAAGACUUAACAAACGAUACAGCUAGUGUUGGUUUGUGUGAAGACCCAGUGUGGGCCAGAUCCGAAGAAGAACAAGUAAAGUGGGCUUUAAAAGAAAGUGCCAAGUCAGCGAAAAAAGCAUACAACGCUGGGUCAAUAAUACAACACGAAAGUGGGAAUGAUAUUCAACCAGCACCUGUGGAUUUUGAUGAUGGUGAUUUUGUAUUUAUAAGUGAUGUUUCUGAUGAUGAUCUCAUAUAUGCUGCACCAGAAAGGAGAACAGGUGAACCAGUAGGGUUAAAAGGUGGGGGUCCUGUUACAAAAGAGACUUGUUUAGAUGAAUUUGUUGCCAGUGACGUGGAUGGCUUCAGCAUGGGAAGUGAUGAUGUCAGAACAAAUGACGAAAACUGCAGUGACAAUCCCGGUGUGGAAGUGAGCUCAAAGAAGCCAGUCAUCCUUAAGAACACUCCCAUCAAAAAUUUCAACAAAUACAAGAAAAGGAAUGUUCAUUACAAACAAAAGACACGUACAGACAAUGAUUUUUUGAACACAACACCAACCCUUGGAAAGUUUGAUGGUAAUCUUUUUGAUGAUGUUCCACAGCAACCUAAGUCACCUUAUAACAAUGAAAGCCCUCGUAGUAGCAAUAAGAGUAGCUGGUGUCCCAGGUCAGCUACAAAGUUAACCCCCCUUAGUAGCAACAGGAGCAGCUGGAAUCCCAGCUCACCUGCAAAGUUAAGCCCUUUUAGGAGCAAUAGUAGUAGCUGGUAUUCCAGAUCAGCAGCAAAGUUCAGAGAUGAAGACAUGGAGAAGGCAAUUAACAUGAGUCUGCAAGACCAGGUGGGAACCGUCUUUGUUUGCUUCAUUCUUGUGUUUAGCGCUGUGUUCUAGCAGUGCCUGGUAAUGAGCCCUACUAGCUCUGGCAACAUCAAACCCCCUCACCAAUAGAUAAGUGUGGGGCGGUGCCUGGUCAAACUGAGGGAGGUGCAAGCAAGCAAAGAAGGUAACCAUGACAACCCUGCAAGCAGCAUUCACCAGGCACUGUCACACUGAGAACCUCGGUGGAGAGUUUUGUAGAUACUUACCAAGAGACAACCAGAGGGAAGGGAGGGCUGGGAGCAAAAACAGCUAAAGUCUUCCAUCAUACAGUGCAUGUCCUGUAAGGCAUGCUAUCACAUUUCAGCAUUUUUGUUUGGAUUGGCAAAAACGACCUGAAUACGCUGUGUCCACAUGUAAUUUUUCAAAUAUGGAGAAAAAAUUCUUUGUCUUUAAAAAUGUUGGGAUGUGUACAAGACUUUUAAAAUUUCACCUUCUUGUAGUAAGAAAGGAUGCCUGUUUGUGUGGCCUGGAUAGAUAAGAGCUCUAUCCCUCAGGUGCAGGGUUCUUUGCAUGGUGAACCCUGAACUAUGCACCCGGGGGGGGGGGGAAGAGGGGGUACUCCCCUAUAAAAGUGACAGGGUGCUUGUCGGACAUUUUCAAGAACACCCUUAAAAGGUACCAGAAUCUUGUUUUAUGGGCGUGUCUCAAAUUCAUUUCCACCCCUAAGAGGUACCAAUUCAAUAACAACAAAUUAUAUACCUGGCACUGCAAAUUUUAAUAGCAAUAAAGAUAACUUUCGAACCCUUUCUUCUCAAGGACUUUUUGAAAGUAUUGCCAUAAAUCUUUAUCCCAAUAAAGCGUAUCAUCUCUGGCAGCGGUCAUUUUAGGUUUUAGCACCCUAAGCAGUACCAGUCCACAAAUUUGAACCCCUAAAAGGUACGUCUAGCAGCCCCGUUACUUCUAUAGGAGAGUACCGCCCCCCUCCCCCCACCCGGAACCAUGCAGGUAAGGGUCCGGUGGAAAGGUUAUAGUGAACCAGUCGGUGCUUUCAGAUAAAACAAGCAUAAGCAUAAGAAGCUCAUGCACUAGUGAGGACAGCCAUGAUAUCACAGGCAGCCCAAGCGCACUAUGUGUGGGUCCGGGCUUCAGAGGUCACUCUGUGUCCUACGGCCGGCUUAAACGCCGUUUAGUCGACUUUCUUUCCAUCGAGUACUGAACGCUAUGAAAGAUGGAAAGUACUCGAUGGAAAUAAAGUCGACCGAACGGCGUUUAAACCGGCCGUAGGACACAGGGUGGCUAUGAACUAAACGUAAGGGAGCUUUUUGAAUCAAUGUUUCGCGCGAUCAUGAUUUUUCUCUUAGCGUCGUAGAUUCGAAUACAUGUAAUAAAAUUCGAACAAUAAGGGCCCGAAUCACAUGUAAUAAUGCAAGAAAUAUCGACCUUCGUUCUCUUAAAGGCUACUAGUACAGAUAGACAAACAAAAAGACUUCAUAUCUUUAAGAUUUUUGCAUUUUUUUGGCACCAGAUAAUGCACUAAUAAUUCUAGUAUACUCCGACCAAAUGACCUUUAAAGCCCGAACCCACACGUAGUGCGUUUGGGCUGCCUGUGAUGAUAUAAGCUUAAGUAUAAGAAGAAUGCAAGGUUUUGAUACACUUGUGUUUAUCCCUAUGCUUACAUCAAGGCUGUCCUUACCCAUGCAUAAGUUGCUUAUGCUCAUGCUUAUUGCAUAUGCUUGCGUCGCUAAUGUGAACCAGGCCAAAAAUGCCUAUUGGUUAAAAUUUGUUUAAAAUUAAGUUUUCGAAACUCCCAACAUUUGCUAAUCUUUCAUUUUUUUGUAACUUAUUCAAAACCACAGCGUGUGUUGAGUGAAGAAGAUGAAGAACUGAAUAGAGCUUUGCAGCUAAGCUUACAAGGUAGGGAGACACUUUGUACUUCAAAAGUUAAGUUUACUUUAUUUAAAAAAAAAAAAACAAACAAAAGUAAAUUUCUUUAUUGUGGAAGUACACUAAGCUGGUCUAGCUACAUGUACUCACUCAAAGUUCUAUAUGGCGAGACUGCCCAGAGGUCUAACCCCUUUCCAUUUUAUAUACCAUUUUGGACAGAAAAUAAAAUCUUUGGUAUACUCUCCUUUGAAAAAUGGCACCCCUUUGACAUACCUACAGUCAAACCUCUUUAAUACAGACACCAAAGGGACAGAACCAAGUGUCCGCUUUACAGAGGUGUCCGUAUUAUAGAGGUAGGGAAUAUAUGGUUUUUGGCAUUUCUGGGACCAAACGAACUGUCCGUAAUGGAGAGGUGUCCGUAAGGAGAGGUUAGACUGUACUUUAUAGGAGUACUUUACUAAAGUGGAAUUUUUUUAGUCAGUGCUGUGUAAUAUUUAAUAGAUUUAAAUCUUAUAGCCAUAAUGCCUCCCCUUUGAUAUACUUCAAUUCUGAAAAGGUACGGAGCCUUCCUGUACAAGCUAUUAUUGCGAGUUCCCCUUUCAGGUAGUUGAUGGUAUUACAGUUACAAUAGAGCUCUUCAUAACCUGUUGGUCUAGAUGGACCUGUUUUUCUAGAUGGGUUCACUGAAAAUGCUCUGUGAAAGGGAUAAAAUCCUGCCCGCUCCUACAUAAUUCAAGUGGCGUGAUAGGUCCUUUUAAGUCAGCAGCUGUUAAUUUAUUUAUUUACAUUAGUGGCUGAUUGAUUGAUUGAUUGAUUUUUGAAGAAUUUGAAGAAAAGUGUCCUCCAGAAGAUCAAUUAGCUUCUCCAAGAAGCCUGAAUGUCGCAGAAACUGAGAACUUGUCAUGUUAUUCUACUAUUCAGGUAUUUAUUAAAGUACUAUUAUUACUAUAGGGUCGCUUACCAUAUUCAGUGACUAGUUAAGUCAACUUCAACUUAAUAAACAUAAUCAAGUAGCAUAACGGUAAUAGAGGAGAGAAUUUAUGAAUUAGGGUGUUGGUUAGCAUACCGUGUGGCACGAAAUUUUUGCGGGAGUCUUUGUUUGCGGAUUGGCGAUUUUUUGCGUUUUGCGGGAACUAAUUUUUGCGAUUAGGACAAAUUGGUUUUUCUUAAUUUUUGCGAUUUUCUGAAAGUACCCAGUACCAAGCACUGGUAAUAUUUUCGUUGUUGUUAAGUACGUGCAAUAAAAAUACAUUUUUUAAAAAACAAUACUGCGGUAUGGGUAUUCUAUUUAAAACCAGUAAUUCAUUGUGUACCGUUUUGUUUCUGAAUGAAAGAGGCAAUUUGUAACUGAAGAGACACGAUUUCUUCGUACUGUAUUUUUGUGUAGCGAAUUUAAGUUAGAGAAUAUUUACUCUGGAGUAAUUUUUGCGGGAAAAUGUUUGCGGUAAUUUUCGUAUCAUACGGUAUCUAGAAAGAGCAAGAUCAAAAAUGUUUACUCGCUAAAAUUCAGCCUGUUGGUACAAAUUGAUGGGUAGAUAAAAACACUGUUAUGCUCUGAUGACUCCAUAGAAAUCCUUCUAAGAUAAGUCAUUUCGCCUCUCUCACUUUUUACUGGCUUCAAAAGGGGAAAAUGAAGCUUUCCCUUCGCCAUCCUCUCCGGUCUCCACACAUUGUUCUACCGCUGUUUGAGCUACUUGUAGGAAACAGCAAACACUCCAACUUUGAAUGGAGGAAAGGGGGAGGGUGGUGGAUUGAUUCCGGAAAUUAUCCCAUUUGAGGACAGUGACUCAACAAUUUUGUGGCCAAUUGUAUUUAUUAGGCACUCUUCUAAAAUAAUAAGAAACGACUUAACAUAUAAUCUGAAGGGAAAUCGACAGGAUUAAAAAUCUCAACUUGCCAACCACAAUGUAAAAUUUUACUAUGCUAAGUUUUGAAAAUGUUAGAAAAGUCGGGCGAUCCCGCACCUAUUUGAAAGAUUGUUUUUGAUUAGCUGGGAAAACAAUAGGGAUUGUCAUAUAACAAUGCCCCUAUCCCUGAAAACAAUGGAAGUGCAGAUUAAAGGGGACCAGAGAAAUAACAGGUUUAGACCGGUGCAGGUCUACUGUAAAAGUCCCCUGCUUGGGUGUUUAUCGUAGAAAGACGACUAAGAUGUUAUACCACCUUUCUGAUAUUUCGAUGUCACAAAGACAUUUCAAUAAAAUUGUUGUGGUUUUUCUCUUGUGAAUUGUAGGAUGACGAAAGUGAACUUUCAACACAUUCCUAUCGACUUAUUAGUAUUGUGAGCCAUCUUGGUACAAGUUCUACUUCAGGUUAGUCAGUCCAACCUUUUCAUUCCAUCCACUGUUGAGUUUUGUUCAGUUGCUUUCAUUUGAGUGGCAAAACUUUAAGAUUUCAUUUAUGGAGUCAACCCUUUAAAAAAACCUUGCAAAUAAUAAUAAACAGUCCUACGGUACUGCUCAGUAACUUUCAUUUUGUAUGGUCACACUUUAGGAUUUCAUCCACAGACUCAAAAGUUAGAACCACUUUGUACAGCAUAAUAAACAGUACCACAGGAAAGUACUGCUCAGUAGCUUUCAUUUGAAUGGUCACGCGUUAGGAUUUCAUCUACAGACUCAAAAGUUAGAACCACCUUGUACAACAUUAUAAACAGUACCACAGGAAAGUACUGCUCAGUAGCUUUCAUUUGAGUGCUCACACUUUAGGAUUUCAUCCACCGACUCAAAAGGUAGAACCACCUUGUAAAUACCAAGGGCUUAAAAUUUUCAAUUUAGUACAGGUUAAUGUCCUAAAACGUUAAGUCCCAUUCCGUAUCGAAUUAAAAGAUUACAAGGUCGUAUUGAGGUGUCAAUUUGAAAACUGAUAGCUCUGUUGUCAACUAUGUAUUUCCUUUUUUGAUCCAGGGCACUAUAUCUCAGAUGUAUAUGAUUGCAAAACUAAGCAUUGGACUAGUUAUGAUGAUUCUACUGCCACAAAGGUAAGGGUACGGAACGCACCAAUCACAUUCAGAGUCUUCAAAACCAAUAGCAUCUUGGCCUUACUGACCGAUGGCCAAAAAGUCCACAGGUAACCCAAGCUCAUAACAAAUAUUCCAUUUUGUGAGCAGAAUGUGCAUUAAAUUACGCUUUGAAGCGUACCGGUAACAUUUUCUCGUAGUUAUUUGUUUGCUGAAUGUGUUUUAGUCCUCUUUGUCUCGUUGAAAUGCCGAAAGCCCGUGAGCAACACUGACCCUACUUAGCUAGCAAUUAUUCAUACGGCAAAAACAGUAGGAAUUGAGCUUGGGCUACCUGUGUAACAUCGCGACCUAAUUGACCAAUCAGGUCAAUAACCAGAGUUUAAUACCAUCAACUGACGUGAUACAACUCACUUUGACUCUUAAGGAUGACUACCACACAGGUUGUGGAAACAUCAGUCUAUGCGGGACUACACUCGCCCAGACGAUGAUAUUCCAGUUUGGGGGGGGGUCCGGAGGCUCGGACCUCCCCCCCCCCCCUACCUGGCGCUAGUUUGAGACUGAAAUUCUUGCAUCGACAGAAUCGUAUAUCACUUUUGAACUGGCUGAUUUUUUUUUUAAUGAAACGUGCGUUGCAUUUUGCCACUAAACUAAAUUCCAAGGAUAAUCAAACAUUUAAUUGCUUUUGGGUACCCUCCUAUGAUCUGUUUGCCUCUGCUCGUAACGCAGUACAUGGCAGGGGGCCAAGGAAUUAUAACGUGCAACCGCGACUGGUGGGAGGGGAUGUGGGGUGAAGUAAUUUGCCACAAAAAGUUCAACAGCCCUUUCCGAACCAAAGUUUGCCCCCCACUCCCCCAAUCAAAACUUCCCGUGGAUCCGCCCCUGCAAAAUCAUCUGUAGAGCCCUUCUACUAAAUGUUUCGAAUGUUGUUGCACCUGUCAAUGUGUUUUCAUGUCUACAGGUUGCGGAGCAUGGUGUUCGUUACAAAAGGCAGCAAAGUGGCUACAUCUUUUUUUAUUUGUACAAGUAAGUAGACUUGCUUGUCAUCCAAGUCUCGUAAACCCUCGGUUACUUCUCGUGUCUGAGCCUGGUUCCAUGGUUCUCUUUUAAUUGACCUUUUUACCGAUACGGCGGCGUCGUUAAGUUAUAUUUAAGGAGUAUUAUAGGAUACCCGGGGGGUGGGGGGGCAUGAACACAUUACAUUUCUUAAAGUUAUAAAUGAGAUUGUAAUCUGAAAAAAGAUCGUUGUGCCGUGUUAGGAUGUAAUAAUGAUCGCCUUUUUCCCGAGAAAUAUACAGGGAAAGACCAUAUUUGUAAUACUAAACGAGUACAACGGAUCCUGCUCAUGCCCCACGGGGCAUCCCGUAAUACUCCCUUAAUCGAAUUAAUUCAAUAUGGCCGCCGUAUCGGUAAAAAGGUCUAUUGCGCACUUCUUGAGUACCUAAAGGUGUAUCCCAUUCGUUCUCACCCUCAGCUCCUAUCCUGUCUCUUGGCUGCUCUUAAAGUGAGGAUUUUUUUUUAUAUCACUAUUCUUAUGUGAUCUUACAAUGGGGUAUAGAAAGGUAUUAUCGAGAUUUGACCGAAAUACAGUGCGCAAUUCGGGCAGACGACAAAUUUUUUGACGGGAUGUGGAAUUUUGUAAACUUGAAAACUGUGAAAUGGUUGAUCCUUGUAUACCUUUGGAUUAGUUGCCAUGGAUAACUGAUGAUUUUUUUUUUUUGAAGUUAAAAAUCAUCGUCUUUCCUAACAACGUCGUUAUCAUUAUUACUAUGUAUCUCCUUUGGGAAAACAAUUAGGCUCGUGUUACUUAAAGAUUGUAGCAUUUUAAAGUGACAAGAUUUAUGUUGUUUAGGAUUUUGCCGAAUGGUUCAAUUAAUGCCAUGUUUGUUUGUUUUUUUUUUUUUUCCAGACAAUGUGUAGAUGCCAUAGAAAAUUCAGCUUCAGUCAAGGAGAAAAAAUGAAGAAGAGAUGAGUUUAUUUUUGUAAAGAGACUUUAUGAACGAUGUCACGUUCAUCAAGAUUGUUGAAAAUUCCCGGACACACUUCUGUCUUUUCUGCUCAAGACCUUCAAACGUUGUUAAAAGUGUAGCGUGAUGUUUUUGAGUCACGUUUCAUCAAAGUGUAUAUUUCGAUUCCUUAUAGUAGUUGUUAUUAAUUAUCACCAGGAGUAUUUUUAUAUGAGAUGGACAAUUGGUUAUUUAAUUACUGGUAUAAGGAAAAAUCAAAUUGAAUGCCUUCUGUAACAGACAUCACCAAUUACUGUGAAACUUUAUAGAAACCAUUCCUUGCAAUUUUUGUUCUUUGUCACUUGACGUCUGCGAAAAGGCUUUCCCAUCGUCCCUAGCGCGCCUUUUUCCCUCUCCCCAGUUGCACAACAGAAGGUGGUUGGAAGAGAGGCAGACUCGUACCCAUUCCUCUCUCAUUUACUAUUCUCUAUUGGUGAUGACAUCUGGGAAGAUGCCAAUAAAAUUCGCCGUUUUCUUUCUUCCUUCUCAUAUGCAACCUUCACUCAAUAAACACUUCCCAUCAAUCAGAGCGCGAACAAGAGAAGAGACUGGGUACAAUUCAAGGAGAGAUGGGGAGAGUCCUGUUAGUUUCGUGUCAUUUCAAGAUAAUUUUUACACAAA